AUGUCAGCAAAGCUUUUCUUCACUGAGAGUGCUUUUGAUAAGAGCAAGCAAGAGGAGCUUCAGUUCGAGUACUUGAAGGAAUGGAUAUCAAGCGCACAUCAGCGCACGGUUGUAGAUACAGAACCACCGGGUUCAGCUUGUCCCUUUCAAUCCUUGGCGAAAGCGAUCACUCAUGCGUAUUCAUUACCAACAGAGCAUCUCACUGAAGAAAGAGUUCGAGCAAUCCUGGUCAAGACGUACAAAGACCUGAAUGAGACAGACCUGCAGAGAGUGGCGAGUGCCAAGUUAGAGGAGAAGACCUCGUUCUUUUGCAUGACCGCCGCGUUCAGGGAUGUUCAGGCUGUCCGGGAGUACUGGAAUUGGUACCUUUACUGCUUGACUCACCGGACAGCAGAGAUAUACGAUGAUGAUUGCAAUGCUGGUGUAGUUCGAAUGCCCUUGGAUAACGUCGAUCUCCAGGUUUUGGCAAGCUUCUUUUGCACUGGCAUAGUUGUUUCAAAGCUGGACUCUUGCGCCCUGAAGUUCCUUCCUGGCUCCGGUCGAGCCCCCAAGGCCGCCAUUCAUUUGUUGAAUCACAAGAGUCUUUGGGCGCCAAUGCUGGGAAAGAAGCCCACCACGAACGAACUGCAUGGCCAGCUGGUCCAGUUGCAAGCACUGGAAGGCGGCCCUUUCCAUGACUUCACAAACAAAGCAGGGUUGGUGGUUCGGGACCAAAGCCAACAGCUCUUCUACAAGGUGAACGUUGGCCAGCAUCACUUGCCAAUCGAGCCGCACCAGCUGCAUGUCAUUCGAGAUCAGAUCGCCCCGAUGUUCGAGCGUUCAUCUUCCAGUACCCGUGGCUGGCAACUUGGGUCACCACUAGGCCAUGCGCCCUCCUUCCGGGGCAUCCCGGAUGGAUCGGUCGAGUUCCAAAUCCUGCUGGAGUUGGUGGGUGACAUGCUUUCGAACUAUUUGACACAGUCGCGCGAAGAGAUGUUGGGCAAUGCGCAGCAGCCUGCGCAGCCUGGGAGGACAAGGCGGAACGAUCGGGACAACGUGCCUGACCGUUUCUAUGGCAAUGAACCGAUUGAACCUGAGCGACCUCUACCGGUUCCAGCCGCACACAACACCGACUUCAAGUCCAAGCGCGUCAUGCUCUCUGAAGUUCAAGCCUACAUGGCACGUUAUGUCGGAGACACGGUCAAGAUUUGGGUCCGGUGUCCAUCGACAUAUGGACAGGGGCACAGCCAGUGGGAACAGUAUUUCCUGCCGAUGUCCAAGGGCCAGCUCUAUUGCAUCCAGAAAACAAAAGAAACUCCAGAUUUUGGCCUUUUGUUUAAAGGAUUCCAAGGGGGCCCAAACUCUACGGAACCGAGGCCGGAACUGAAGUGGAUGGUCGCAGGAUUCCUUUGUUUGUGGGAAGUUCAAGAGCCCACCAAAAUGUGGCAAGGAGAGCAGGUCAUCCACCUGGAAAGUGGUGAGGUCUUCCACCUCGUCGACCUCCUCGAACCCAAGCGAGAACAGAAAGCCAUUGCACGGUCGUGGAAGAAGGAGGGACCUUUGAAGGAAGGAAUGAUCAAUCUCAAGGAUCCCCAUUUGCGGCCGUUUCUUUGUGUCCGCAGAGACUAUCCAGAUGGCACCGUGGAGGGAGUCCAAGCCUGUUGA